AUGUGGAAACCAGUAGCUGUCCCCUUUCAGAACUUCCAGCCUCUGCCUAAUCUACCUACAACAGAUGAAAUCCGCGCUUGCACCAAUGUUCUGUGGGAGACCCAGGCCUCCAAGAUUGUGGCGGUGAACCACGAUAUUGUUGUAAAAUAUGGGGGUUGUAUAAGCGUCGCGGAAGGCCAGGCUUUGGUUUACCUUGAACGACACGCCCCAGAAGUUCCGGCCCCUCGACUGUACGCCAUGUACUAUGAUUCCAAACAACUUUUCUUGAUCAUGCAACGCAUUCCCGGGGUACAGCUGAAGUCCAUUUGGCCAUCUUUGGAGCCCUCUGAGAAGGAUGAUAUUGUCGCAAAACUCCAAGUAGUAUUCGACACAAUGCGAAAGGUCGAGUGUCCAUGGCCCGACUUUUUCGGAGGCCUGGGCGGGGGUGCUGUAUAUCACUACCUAUUCUAUAGCCAACAUGGCGAUCAGGAAUUUCUGGGCCCUUUCUCCGGCGAACCUGCCUUUGUUGCGGGCCUUGUCGGGAACUAUAGAGCCUUGGUCGAACGCAAUAAACACCCAGACUACAAGGCUCGCUUUUACGAAAAAUACCUCCCUCGCGUCCUUCAAGGUCACCGGCCCACAUUGACGCAUGGAGACGCUCAGCAGAAGAACAUCAUGGUCGUGGAGAAUACAAGUCGCCAAAACGAUCAAGGUGGGCGAUCAUUUGAUGUCGUACUAGUCGAUUGGGAGAAUUCCGGUUGGUUUCCUGACUUCUGGGAAUACUUUUGUGCAUCUUGGCCCCUUACUUUUGAUUGGAGUGAAGAUUGGUCCUGGCGACUCCAGGAGUGUGUUCAAGUAUGGCCCGCCGAGAUGGCCAUGAUGCAACUGAUUGACAGGGAUCUAGCAAUGUGGAGCUGCGAUAUCGCAAAUUGCGACCAACCUUCCGUACGUAUAUACGGCGAGUGUAUUAUCUGUGAUCGCCAUCUUUGCGCUACCCAUCUUGACCAAGAUUACCAUAAGUGUCCUAAAUGGGAGGACGAGGAAUUGUAUGAUUCUGCUGCCCAGGAGGCGGAACGAAAGGAAAUCACGAGUCUUUUGAACAAAAUCAACGUCGAUGCACUUCUUUCACGGGCUAGCCACCUACGAGAGGGUUUACACUGUUUCCUGUCUAGGGAUCUUCAAUAUGAUCGGUCGACACGGUCUUCAGUUAUGGGUGGAAUGAAUUAUCAUAUCGAAAUUCAGUUCCAGGAUGGAGUUGCCUGGCUUGCACGUAUUCGAAGAUCCAAUGCCACAUCUCCACCAUUGGACUUGCAAAGAUACAUUAUGUGUAGCGAGGUCGCCACCCUUCAGUUUCUGAGCAAAACAAAUGUUCCUGUUCCGAAGGUUUUCGAUUACAAUCUUGAUGGAGGCUCGGUUGGCGUGGGAUAUAUUCUACUAGAGAAAAUGACUGGAAAGUCUCUGCGUUGGUCUCUUGCGUCCGGUGAACAGAGGAAAAGAGUCAUGAGUCAGUUAGCAGACAUUUAUGUUGAACUACAGACGCAUCCUUUCAAACAGAUGGGCUCGUUGGACCAACCAGGAACUAACCAUAUCGGGCCUUUCGCACGAGAGUCAUUGACGGACUAUCUUCACUCGCGUAUGCGACCCAUUGGGCCCUUUGCCUCUCCCAAUGAUUUCCUGCUCGCGUGCAUCCAAUUGACACUCGAUCUAAUUAUAAGGGGGGAGUGUUAUGCUACGCGAGCAAUUGACGCUUUUUUGAUCCAUCGGUUUCUCCUGGACUCUGUUCCAACCAUCUUCUCCCGUUAUGUCUUUGAUGACGGAUGCUUCUACUUAAAGCAUGCAGACGAUAAAGGGGACCACAUUCUUGUUGACGAUGAUUACAAUAUCACCGGAAUUGUCGACUGGGAAUGGGCACAUACAGAUUCUAAAUCUGUCGCCUUCAACUCCCCGGUUCUACUGCUCCCUGUUGCUGAUUUUUAUAGGGGAGUGAAUGAACCUGGUACAGAUGAACAUGAUUUCGCGCAAUUACUGGAAGAUAAAGGGCAUCACGAACUUGCAGAGAUAGUAAGGAAUGGACGGAUUAUUCAUCUUUUCAACUUUUGUUGUGGAUACGAUCUCGCUGAUUGGGAUGGUUUCGUCGGCCUUUUUCAAGGUCUACGAAGGGCCUUGAACGCUGAUGGUGAUUUGGAAUGGGAAGCUUGGAAAAAGAAAGCCAUGAAUGAUUACAAGAAUGACAGUCAGCUGAAUGAGCUGCUAAUCCGACAAGCCAAGCGAGAUCUGAUUGAAGAGCACACACCUCAUUAUAAGCCUCAGCACUUUUAUCCUGUACGUCUUUAUGAGAUCCUCAACAACCGAUACCAAAUUGCCGCUAAAAUAGGCUGGGGAACAAGUUCGACAGUAUGGCUAGCACGCGAUCUCCACCAGUGGCGAUGGCUUCCGCCUCGAUAUGUGGCCAUCAAGGUCAACGCAAGCAAUUAUGCCUCUCAAGAGUCCGCGGAGAAGGAGGUACGCAUUACUGAGCAUACAACCAAAGCAAAUCCCCAGCAUCCAGGCCGCAACUUUGUCGCCGCCUUGUUAGACUCGUUUCGUGUCGCUAGCCCUGGCGGCACUCAUAUUUGCAUGGUCUUCGAUGUGCUUUGUGAACCCCUACGGAUGUUGAAGCGUCGUUUCGAAGGAAACACCAUCCCUCUCGGUGUCUUGAAACCGGUGUCUAAACUUGUAUUAGAAGGACUACGGUACCUUCACACCGAAUGCCACGUUAUUCACACAGAUCUGAAGUCCGAUAACAUCUUACUGGCCCUACGCAACCCGUCUAUUCUGGACUCGGUCGCACAAGAUGAGAUGAACAAUCCCUCUCCACGGAAACAACUAGACGAUCGGGAUAUAUACUUAUCCCGAAACUACUGGGGACUGACACCCAACGAACUGGGUAGAUCGGUAAUAACUGACUUUGGGCUUGCCGUGCGCGGCGACGGCCCCCCGAACAGCCACCCCAUCCAGCCAGAGGGAUACCGGGCCCCGGAAGUGUGUCUUGGGGGCGAUUGGAGCUACAGUGCUGACAUUUGCAACUUGGGAGUUAUGCUUUGGGACCUGUUCUAUGGCCGCGGUCCCUUCGACACACCACCGGACUUCCCCGGCUCAGGCUCUGCAGACGCAGCCCACCUGGGUCAGAUCAUUUCUCUCCUGGGGCCCCCUCCACCUGAUCUUCUCGGCCGGGGUAAAGAGACUUCUCGGUAUUUUGACGCUCAAGGACAAUUCAAACUCCCCGAGCUUGUUGGAAAAAAGGACCUGGUGUCCAUGGCUAAAGAAAUUGAGGAUGGCGACGGAAUGCCCGAGUUUGUAGACCUUAUUUCUAGAAUGCUGCGCUGGAGGCCCGAGGACCAGAUCACGGCGGAGGACCUGCUUUCCCAUCCAUGGCUUCCAUGA